GCGAGCGUACUGCAUUGUAAGAGACGUGUCCUGAAACCUCCCUCUCCUCUAUUCGGUGUCGAAGUUGGAACCCGAUCUUCCACACUUGUGAGCUCAAAAAACACAUCAGGAUAUGGAACAGCAAGUGGAAAGACUUGUGAACAAAGUAUGGGAUAAGUUUCAAGAUCUACCUCAAAGCAAGCGUUAUCUGGUCGCAGUCAGCGGCAUUCCUGGAUCAGGCAAGACGACCUUAGCAGCUAAGGUGGCCGAUCGUCUGAACCAACGAUGGCGCAGUGAGACCGCCGCACGAGCUGGCAACGACGGCAUAGCGACAUUCCUCCCCAUGGACGGCUAUCACCUCACCCGCGCCCAACUCUCCGCCAUGCCAGACCCGGCCAAUGCGCACGCCCGUCGAGGGGCAGCCUUCACGUUUGACGCGCCUGCGUUCUUGAGGCUCGUAAAGAUGCUUCGAGAACCGAUAUGUCCUGAAACAGGGACCUUGUACGCGCCGUCAUUCGACCACGCGGUGAAAGAUCCUGUGGAGAAUGAUAUACCUAUACGGAAACAGAGCCGUAUAGUGGUUAUGGAAGGCAACUACCUAUCGCUGGGCUCUGGAGCGAGUGAGUGGAAAGAGGCGGCGGAAAUGAUGGAUGAGUUGUGGUUCGUGGAUGUUGAUAGAGAGGUUGCAAGGAAGAGGUUGAUCGCGCGGCAUGUGGCAAGUGGGAUUGCGAAGGACGAAAGCGAUGCAGCUAAGAGAGCAGACGAGAAUGAUUUGGUGAAUGGGGAUGAGAUUAUUUCGGGCAGAAUUGAGGUCCAUGAGAUAGUUAAGAGCCAGGAAGAUGAGACUUGGACACCUGAGCAACAGGGCAUUGAUAAGGAGAGAGAUGCUGAAGAGCAUGAGAGGAGGAACAGCCAAAUGAAAGAUGUGAUAUGAGUGGACUGCUGGAGGAGUCGUGACAGCCGAAAUCAGUCGGGAUCACAGAUGCAGGAAUUGGCACAUUGUCAGUCGGCCGACAUCUUUGAGGAAGUGAAGUGGUCACGCAGCACUGAGCCAUAGAUCUCAAAACGUACUUGGAUUUCGGACCCUCGUAUUGUCCAAAUCAAUAGGCAGGAUGGAGCUUUCACAUGAUACCCAGGCACUGCUCAUAUAUUCAUUUAGAGAUAGAUAUAUGACCCUUUCGCUUGUUCCAACUGCCUUCACAUAACAGCUGGAAUAAGACCUGGCAUAGCAGAUAGCGGGAAAUGGUAGAAUGUGAGCCAUCGU